AUGUUUUCAAUUGCAUUCUUGAUUACGUGUUGUCUCAUUUUCGACAAAGCCCUUCUGGUUGACGCUGGCAAUGGCGGGACCAAUUAUUUGAGUGGUAAUUCACUGCUGGACACCAUGAUUGAUCUGCUCAGUGAUGAUGGUCUUGGUGACGAUUUGAUGUCUGAGUAUUAUUGCCCCGUGGUGUGCAAUCCCAACGCAGACAAGUUUUGUUUGGUGAACAAUGUGGCAUUGGGAACAUCAAUUUAUGAACCCUUUUCGAAUGGAUCCAAACAUUUCUCCAUCACUAGUAGCAGGAAAGGUAUCAAUUUCAAAGACGAUGGCAUGCAAUUGACAAUAAAGAACAAGUUUGAAAAUCCGGCAUUGACGUCUAAUUUCUACAUCAUGUAUGGUAAAGUUGAGGCACAAAUAAAGGGGGCAUUUGGUAGUGGUAUUGUGAGUUCUAUUUACUUGCAAAGUGAUGACUUGGACGAGAUUGAUAUUGCUGAAAUCUUGGGCGGCGACCCAUUUGAUUAUCAAACAAACUACUUCAUCAAGGGGAAUGUCACCACUUAUGACCGAGAGAGAUAUCACAAACUACAAAUUAGCCCCUUGAAGGAGUAUUACAAGUAUGGCGUCAUGUGGACACCCAGCAAGAUUGUGUGGUAUUUGGACGAUCAACCUGUGCGUCAAUUGCGUCGCGAAAACAAGCAAGGAUUCCCCACUUCUCCCAUGGCGAUUAAAAUUAGUUUAUGGGCGGGAGAGGAUACGGAAAACGAAGGGACUAUUGCUUGGAGUAAAGGUCUUACUAAUUACCAAGAUGGUCCAUUUACUAUGAAUGUGAGGAAUUUGAAAGUUAGUGAUUACUCGACCGGAGACACUUAUUCUUACGGAUGGUUGCCAAAUGGGGAAUGGGUGGACUUGGUUGCCAAGAAUGGCGAGAUUUUCAAAGAAGGGCUCAAGGAUGAGGAGGGGGACGUGGUGCCUGGGGAGCCCCAAUUAUUAAUACCCCCACCUUCUGAUUACACAGAAGAUUUCACCGUGCCAAAAGAAAGACAUGGGGACUGGACGGUUCCUCACGAACGAGUUUGGUCACCUUCUUGGUCAGCUCCGCUGACAAAGUUGUCGGAUUAUGCAACAAUUACUAACGAGCUGGAAAAACAAUACGAGCCUGAUUUUAGUGGUAGGCAUCCGAUUGAAUUUGCGUUUCCUACGUUGCCUGUUGAUCAGGUAAAGCACAAGGAAGUCGUGACUCCUACACCGACUGUGAAACCAGAUGGGGGAAAGUUGGCGUUGAUUACUGAAUCUUGGUUUGCAACUACUUCAGUGAUGUCAACUGAGUUUCAUUUCACAACACUUAUUCAUAAUGCCAAACCAACGAGGCAAGUUAAGACGGAGAAGCCCAAGUCAGAGAAGUCUCAACCAGAAUAUCACAAAACAGAGAAGCCCAAGUCAAAGGAUUCCAAAUCCAAAUUUAUUACAGACUCCACAUCCACACGAACUUCGAGCCUGCCCAAGUCGGCAAGAGUGAUCAAAUCCACCACGAGCGCUGUGCAAACGAACUUUAUUCAAUUCCCCGAAGAGGAGAAGCACCACAACCGCCACCACCGCCAUCAUCAUUCUCAUCAACAUCACAAAGGUCCGGACUAUGGCUUAGACUCUAGUGGUCACCGAAUUCAUUCUGGAGUUGGCAAUCGAUUUACAGUACUGGCCCUUGUAAUUAUUCUUGUUGAACUUGUUGUAUUGAUUACGUCACUAUAG